CGUGCACAGGGCAGAGCUCGGUGUGAGCACAGGGCAGCGCUCGGUGUGUGCGGGGCAGCGCUCGGUGUGUGCGGGGCACAUCUCGGUGUGUGCGGAGAGCAGCGCUCGGUGUGUGCGGGGGGCAGCGCUCGGUGCCCGGCAGCAGCACCGCCCGCACGGUGCCACAGAACGCCGCUGCGGGGUGGGGCACAGCUCUGCCUGCUCUGGCUCUGCCGGCUCUCUCCGCGCUUCCCCUGCAGGCACAGUUCGCUCAACUAGUUGAACUGGCUCUUUCUCUCUUCUUUUUUUUUUUUUUUUUUUUUUUUUUUUGGCAAACUAAGAAUUUCCUUCCUGAUAAAAAAUGAGCGGCGGGCGCCCCGAUUGGGCGUCGCGUUGGAGAGGAUGUGACAUCAGGCACAUCUCUCGCUCGGCUGGAUCGCCGGCUGCCGAGAGGGCAGCCCCGCAGCUCUUUGGUUAAAUCCCAGCCCAGGUACUCGAGUUUCUGCACGGAGCGCUGCCGGCACCACGUCCCGGGCUGCUGCGGGCUCUGCUCGGCUCAUGCGUGCACAGUCUGCUCCAGAGAGCGCUCCGGCCGCUGGGGGCUCGCCGGGGACCAUGGAAUUUGAACUCUGGAGACCAGCCACAAAGUGAAAAAAACAGCGGGCAGACAGGGCUGAGAUGGAUGAUGAGAGAACUACUCAAAAUGCCAGCAAGCCUCAAGGAGCUGGAGGCCAGGCAUCUGCAGGCUCUCCACCCAACCCGCAGAUGAGGGACUUUGUUUCAGACUGGUCUCCUUUACAUGAGGCCUCUAUCCAUGGGCGUCUGCUUUCUCUGAAGAAGCUCAUUGAACAGGGGAAUGAUGUCAAUCUUGUUACAGCAGACCAGGUGUCUCCUCUCCAUGAAGCCUGCCUUGGGGGUCAUGCUGCCUGUGCCAGUGUCCUGUUAAAACAUGGUGCUCAGGUGAAUGGAGUGACUGUUGACUGGCACACACCACUGUUCAACACUUGUGUCAGUGGCAGUGUGGCUUGCUUGAAUUUACUGCUGGAGCAUGGAGCCAGCCUACAAGCACCCUGUGACCUGGCAUCCCCCAUCCACGAAGCUGCUAAGAGAGGUCAUGUGCAAUGUGUCGAGCUCCUGACAUCCCGUGGGGUAAAUAUAGAUCACAACAUCAAGCACCUGGGUACUCCACUUUAUGUAGCAUGUGAGAACCAGCAACUGAACUGUGCUAAGAAGCUGCUUGAGUCAGGAGCAGAUGUGAACAGCGGCAAGGGCCUGGACUCCCCUCUGCACACAGCUGCCAGGAAUUGCAGUGUGGAGCUGGUGAAGCUGCUGAUGGACUUUGGAGCAGAUGUUUGGGUGAAGAAUGCCGAAAACAAGAGGCCAGUGGAGCUGGUCCCACCUGGCUGCCCUGUGGGCCAAGUGUUCCUGCAGAGAGAAGGGCCCCUGUCCUUGAUGCAGCUGUGCCGCCUGUGCAUCAGGAGGUGCUUUGGAUACAAGCAGCAUCAAAAAAUAACUGGACUUCUCCUCCCAGAUGAGCUGAAACAUUUUCUUCUCCACAUAAAUGGGUCCUGCUGCCACAAAGAGAAGUGCAGUUGUGACCCCUCUCUGCUCACUUGGUGCUCCCCUGGGGAUAUCAGCUGCCUGAUACAUGUGGGAGCAAGGAUGCUGAGACUCCUGCUCUUCUUCCCGUGGCACCUUUCCUUUUGAGUUCUAACCCAAAGUGAUCUGCAUCACCUGGGAGCAGCAGCACCUGAGGGGCUGGCGUGUCACUCACCCCUGAGCUGGAGGGGCAGCCACACACUUUGGUGCUUCUGGAGAUCCUUUUUCACUUCACUUCACUGUGGAGACUCCGUAGGAGUGUGCUGGGAGUGCAAAAACGGAUGACAUCACCAACACCAGCAAUGAGAGAUACAGAGUCCUCAUCUCGGAAUGGGAGAGACUGGCAGCCUCCAAAUAUAUGAGAGCUGAUUUUGGUGUUCACCAGUGUGCCAGCGUGCCAGCCUGCCUUGUGCGAGUGUAAGGUUAGAAAGAUCAAAUGCUACCUGGAUGCUGGUAUUUGAUGUAAAUCACAAUUCAAAUCCUUGUCUGCACAUGACUGCUGGCUGUAGCUAUCCAGUGUGGUGGUUUGAUUCCUUUGUGCUGGCCAAACACAGCACAGUUCUGUUGGGUUUGUGGGACACUAAAUUGUACCCUAAUGGGAUAAAAGGACAAGCACAGUUUGGUCUCUAACUCCUCUGGCAAUAGAGACACUUGGGAAUGUGUCACUUACCUGACACAAUUCAUCACACUUGUCUGAGCCAUGUAAAAAUUAGCUGGCAGGUUUAAGAUGGCCUUCUAUGUGGUUUCCCUCAUGACCAGGAUGAAAGAUAGACAUCUAUUUUCACAGAGGUUGAAUAAAAGCAGGUAUCAGGGAUGGAAAAAGUGUAUUUUUGUAAAAUCAGUGUCUUGGUUAAGCUGAAUCUGCAUUGAACAGGCAAGGAAUGGACAAUGAACCUUGGGCUUAACUUUUGGAUAUUAAAGUGGGAAGAAUCCCUGCUUUGGUGACACAGUGGAAAGCUGGAGAUCCAUCUCAUUAUAUUCUAGAUGAUGAAGAAACCAUUCUGUAUGUACUGAUUUUACUUCUGCCUUUAGGCAUCUUAUUUUGUAACUUCAGCCAGUGGGUUUAUAGGAGUAAUGAUAAUACCAGGAGGAAAUUGCUCUGAGAACCAGGUGGGGGUGCAGUUUCUAGUUUGCUUUUCUUAUGAAAAUUUCAUGGUAUGACUCUGUUUACUUGAAUUUCUCUGCCCAAGUGUAAUUAGGAUGAAUUCUGUAAGCUCAGCUUGUAUCAUCUCUGUGUGUUUACUUAUUUAUUUUCAUAAAAAUUGUGGUCAACACUGGUGAAUUACAGCUUUAUGCAUCAACAACUUACCAGUUAUAAACUGUAAAAGUACAAGAUGCAAAUUGAAUAAGCUCAUUAUAGGUGAAGUUUUUGAAAUAAACCCUAUAUUUGCAACCAUUCAAAAUGUAAUGCAGGACUUAAAUGAUUGUCAGGAGUGUAUUUUAUCAGAUUCUUUUCUAUUUUUAUGCUAACAGUUUAAUGAAAGUUAAACCACAAUUUUGUAGGAUAUUUUCACAGAAAUAAAUAGUUCAUACUCUUUUGCUUGUUAGUUUUUUCUUUUUUCAUUCAAUUUUAAAUGAUAGCCCUGAUUUUGUGGAUUGACUGAUACAAGGGAGUUUUGAAGUCUAAUUUCUUGCAAUCCCACCUGCAGGCAGGUAGUGAACAGAAUAUUUCCUUCAAAUAAAACUGUAGUAAAGAUGAGUUGAAAAUACAAAUACUGUGCAAAUCUU